CACUGCGUCCCCAGUGAGUGCAGUGGGGAUGGUUUUGGAGGGGAGCUCCGAGGCCCUGUGUCCCCCUCCGUCUCUGGAGUUGCGGCCGUCCUGCAACAAGAGCCAGGCCUCGCCCCCGCUGGGCUCCGGCUCCCAGCCCCACGACAGCCUCUUCCCCGGGGACAAGGAGCCCGUCAAGUACGGGGAACUCAUCGUCCUGGGGCACAAUGGGUCGCUGGCCAAUGGGGACAAGGGUCGCCGCAGGAGUCGGCUGGCCCUCUACAAGCGCCCCAAAGCCAACGGUGUCAAACCGGACGUCAUCCACAACGUCUCCACUCCUCUGGUGUCAAAGGCCCUUAGCAACAAAAGCCAGCACAGUAUCUCCUACACAUUAUCCAGGAGUCAGUCGGUGAUCGUGGAGUACACGCAUGACUCCAACACAGACAUGUUCCAGAUCGGGCGUUCCACAGAGAGCAUGAUCGACUUUGUGGUGACAGACACAGUCGGGAGUGGAGGAGGAGGAGGAGGAGGUGGUGGUGGUGGGGGUCAGGGAGCAGCGGUUGAGGGUGGAGGAGGCGGUGGAGGAGGCAACGGCCAGUCGGCCCAGAGCACCAUCUCACGCUACGCCUGCCGCAUCAUGUGUGAGCGUAGCGCCCCCUAUACAGCGCGCAUCUACGCCGCCGGCUUCGACUCCUCCAAGAACAUCUUCCUCUGGGGUGAGUCAGGCCACGAAGGCCACGAAGAGAGAGCUGCCAAAUGGCGAACGUCUGACGGCCUGAUGGACGGCCUGACGACCAACGGGGUCCUGGUGAUGCACCCGGCUGGCGAGUUCGUGUCAGAGCCGGCGCCUGGCGUGUGGCGGGAGAUCUCUGUGUGCGGGAACGUCUUCGCCCUCCGAGAGACACGCUCUGCUCAGCAGCGGGGAAAGCUGGUGGAGAACGAGUCCAACACGCUGCAGGACGGCUCUCUGAUCGACCUGUGCGGCGCCACGCUGCUGUGGCGGACGCCGGAAGGCCUGCGCCACACGCCCACGCUCAAGCAGCUGGAGUCGCUGCGGCAGGAGCUGAACGCGGCGCGGCCGCAGUGCCCCGUGGGCUUCAACACGCUGGCCUUCCCCAGCCUGGCCCUGGCGCAGCGCGCCACCGUGGACAAGAAGCAGCCCUGGGUCUACAUGAACUGCGGCCACGUGCACGGCUACCACAACUGGGGCUUCCGCAAGGAGAAGGGCGCCUCGUCCGCCGGGGGAGGGGGAGGGUUUCACGGCGGGGGUGGGAUGGGCGGGAUCGGGGGGCUGGGCGGGGGUGGGGGCGGUGGCGCGGUCGGGGGAGCGGGGACGGCGCCCGUGGGCACGGGCGAGCGCGAGUGCCCCAUGUGCCGGCGCGUGGGCCCCUACGUGCCGCUGUGGAUGGGCUGCGAAGGCGGCCUGUACCUGGACGCGGGGCCGCCCACGCACGCCUUCUGCCCGUGCGGCCACGUGUGCUCAGAGAAGACGGCGGCGGGCUGGAGCCAGAUCCCGCUGCCCCACGGCACGCACGCCUUCCACGCCGCCUGCCCCUUCUGCGGCACCUGGCUGACCGGCGAGCACGGCCACGUCCGGCUCAUCUUUCAGGGGCCUGUCGAUUGAAAGGCAACCCACCCGCCCAUGUCCCCCCUCCCAAUACCCCCCACCCGACACACGACCACCCUCUACCCUUACCAGCCCUCUGACCCCCAGCGCUUUCUCCCCCCCGCCCCCCAACCCCCUCAGUGACAUACUGCAAAUGACAAGGGGAGGGGACACGGUGGCAGAGGGAUUUCAAAACAUGCAAUGUUGGAGGAAAAGGACAAAAGAUGGACAGGCUCAGAGUGCUGGACAAUGGAGACCGUCUCAUCGGCAUGGACUCGAUGAACUGAAGUAAUAGAAGGAACAGGGUGAGCAGAAAGGUGUUUUGAGAGGGAAAUCUGUAAAUAAAGUGGUAAAAUGGAAAACCUGGGAGUUCA